AUGCCGGGCUUCAACCACAUCAGAGUCCGCAAGUCGUACUCGCGCGACACGAUCAUGGUCUCGCCAGUGGACGAGAACGGUGCGGACAGAUAUGCGGACGCAUCGAACCCACACGUCGUGCAGGCUGUCUCGCAUGCGACCAUCGUCGACGACGAGUGUAAUGGGGGUAUCCCCAACACGCACGUCGCGUAUCAAUACCUCGCCGAUGCGCUUGGGAGUGUACGUGUCCUCCGUCGCGGGCCAGAGAUGAGCGGCGGUCCCGAACCGCGCCCAACCUUACCUGGGCGAAUCAAGGCGCAAACAAUGGUCCGCUUCAUCGACCUGACGGCGUGGAACUCGGACGAGCCCGACAACUACUGGCGCACGCGGCCGAUCAUGAGUCUCCUCCCCCGUCCUCAAGGGGCGACGCGAACGGUCCUCAACACGUCCUUUGAUCCUCGGCAUCCACGCCUCCGCGAGGCGAGUUUCAGUGCAUAUUUCCUCGGACAGAGAGAGGUGGUUCUCAUCUUCACGCCAUAUGAGCGCGUACAGACUCCGCCUCCAAGCAAAGUCGUACCGAUGAGUGCGACGAAUUCGCCAACAGGUACACCGGGGACACCUAUCGAGGGGCAGUCUCCACGCACCAGUUCGGAAAAGCGGAUGGGGUUCAUCACAAGUAACAUUCCACCCGAGGACCGGUGGCUCGGAAUGAUCAACGACCUCAUGUACGCCCUCUCCGAGUGUUUCCAGGGCACAACGUGUAAAUUCACCCUGGUGGGAUUGGACACGAUCCCAACCGCCGCACUCAAUCUCGACCCGGCGCUGGCAGACGAUUGGAUCACCCGCCGCGAGAAGAUUCGCAAGUAUAUCGGACGCCAGGUCAACUUUACCCGCGGCGUGUAUCCGCCCCAGCCGCCGAUUCCGGCUGAUCAGCUCGCCGCCCUCAUCAAGGAUAUUGAUAUCCUCACCCGCGACGAGUACCGCCAGCAGGUUGGGCAGGAGGAGUUUGACCUCGUUACCGUGUGGUAG